ACUACAUUUUAUUGUUUAUAAUUACUAUUCAUAAUUUAUAUUAUAAGUUCUUUAUAGUCAUUUUACAUAACCUCUCAAAUUGAAAAAAACACUUUUAAUAGUUUUUCAGCCAAACACUCAACUGUUUUUUUUUUAAAGUACCUCCUCUAGGGCUUCCAUGGAUGCUCAUUCAUUUUAUCUUCUUGGCCUCAAUACCCUUGUUGAACCUGUUGUGGAUAAUGGAAGGAUUCAAGUUCUUCCUCCGUUCUCUAAAAGCUCAAGCCAGAAGCUGUUUUUGCAAAAGCUACAGCAGGAGCACGAGUUGUACUGUUACAUAACAUCACCCAAUUACCCUAAUAUACAUAGAUACUAAAUAUAAUUAGGUUAUAGCCACGCGAAUUUGGCUUUAGACUAAACCGCGUUAGGUUAGACUUGCGAAUCGAGGAGCAAGGGAUUUCGAGUUACGACACAACUAGGAGUAAAUAUAAUUAGGUUAUAUUCCUAGUUUUAUAAGAUAACGACAACAGCAUAAACCUAAAACAAAACUUCCUCAAGCGAAGAGAAAAAGGUAGCAGAAAAUUUGGCCACGGCCGCCGGUCUGCUAUAAUCUGUGUUCAGUUUUCAGGGACAACAACAUGGCGAUGCACGGGAGCGCUAGGUGUGCACUGUGCCAGUGGAGGAAGGCGGACGAGUGCCCGGCGGACUGCCAUUUCCGACCCCACUUCCCCGCGGGCUCGCAGGCUUUCGAGAAGAUCAGACGAGUCUACGGCGGCAAUGUCGUGGAAAUCACAUACGGCGCUCUGCCCUUCCCCGAGCAGCAGGCAAGGCUUGCCUUCCUGGCAUUGGAGCGCGAGGCCGAUGCUAGGAUCGAGAACCCAGUGAUGGGUUCCUUGGGAACCGUGGCCGUGCUCGAGGAGCAGAUCAGGCGCCUUCGGGAGCAGCUGGCGUCCGUUGAGCAGAAGCUGGCGUUGUUUCAGCAGCAGGUGGCGUUGCUUCGGCAGCAGCAUCUGCAUCCCAAUAACAAUCUUUGACGAGGAGAGGGAGAGAGGAAUAAUAACUCGAGUGGUCUGUCUCUUUAGUUCAAUUGUGUUUUUUAUUAUGUGAGUUGGUUGGGGUUUAUGUUUCCUAAUCGAGUUUCAGAUUCGGUGUUAGAAAUAGGAAGUUAGGUUUGUGUGUGUCAUUAGUAUGAACUGUGGAGCUUAAUUCUCCCUUGAUUAUGUAGCAUAUGCAGUUAGCAAUGUUGCAAAAAGAUUGAUGAUAUGUAUGGUGAAAUUUAAUAUGAUGUUGCGUUAAGAUUAAUACUGUGUUUUUGCCUCCGGUCCUCCACAUUGGUUGUUGCUUCCUCCACUUCUUUAGGCGAACUCCAAUAUUUCGAUGCAUAAUGUUUGUAUUUCGAGCAAUUAUAGUACUGAACGUUGGAUUUAUCUUGCCCCUUCAUUUGACCUCCACCUUCAGAGGUUCUGUCAAUUUAUAUGGGUGGGAAAUUUCACAUCAAGCCCGUGUAAUUUCCUAGAAUGACCUAAAUGAAAAAUGGAGUUUUGGGAAUGCACGAAUAGAGCUCCAAAAAGCACAGUAGUGUAAUGUGGCCAUGUUUUUUAUCACAUGGUCAUGAGCUGAGACCAUGGCAUGGCACAAGGCACCUAGGAGGUUGAAGGAGCAACCAUCACUCUAGAGUAGAGGGGGAGCGGUCCUUUGUUGCAGUUGUCAAACAUACGGAUCUUCAACGCGGUUACCUCCCUGUACCUAUAAAUAAGGGAGAUGGUCGACAGAGGAGACAGAGAUUCUCAAAACCGCACAACUUAAGCUUACGUCAAGUUUAUCAUUUCUCUGCAAAUGUAGCCAUAGUCGUAGUUUGGAGCUCUUGCUAAACUUUCAUAGGAGAAGUAACUUAAUAUAGUUUUCGUUUCCAAAAAUCAUAAAUCAAACACUCUUGUUCGAACUUUGUUUGAAGAGAUGUGAAUCAUGUCUUAAUAAUUGUUGUUCAACGAAAUUAAAAUGCAUUUGAUUCA